CUCAACUCGUCUCUACUUGUACUAUCAUCGAGUCCCUCCACUCUAGCGUUGUUGCAUUGCAGAAGCGUCUCCAUUUUCUUUCGCGAUGGCCGCGCGAGCCCUGUUGACCAGAAAAACCCUAGCCACCGUUCUCCGCAACGACGCGAAGCCCAUAAUCGGAGCUGGCAUAGCUGCAGCUACUCAUUCUCGUGGGUUGCACGUGUACACGCUCCCCGAUCUGGAUUACGACUAUGGCGCUCUGGAGCCAGCCAUCAGCGGCGAAAUCAUGCAGCUGCACCACCAGAAGCACCACCAGACUUACAUCACCAACUUCAACAAGGCCCUCGAGCAGCUCCAAGACGCCGUCGCCAAGAAAGAUUCCUCCGCCGUCGUUAAGCUCCAGGGCGCCAUCAAGUUCAACGGCGGAGGUCACGUCAACCAUUCUAUUUUCUGGAAAAAUCUAGCUCCUGUUCGUGAAGGAGGUGGUGAACCACCCAAGGGUUCACUGGGAUGGGCCAUUGACACACAUUUUGGCUCUUUUGAAGCAUUAGUACAAAAAGUUAAUGCAGAAGGUGCUGCACUACAGGGGUCUGGAUGGGUGUGGCUUGGUCUGGACAAAGAGUUGAAGAGGCUUGUAGUUGAAACCACUGCCAACCAGGACCCACUGGUUACUAAGGGACCAAAUUUGGUUCCAUUGCUUGGUAUUGAUGUUUGGGAGCAUGCGUACUACUUACAGUACAAGAAUGUUAGACCAGACUAUCUGAAGAACAUUUGGAAAGUUAUUAAUUGGAAAUAUGCCAGUGAAGUGUAUGAGAAAGAGAGCUCUUAGUCUGAAAGUGCUACUUGAUAUAGCUCUUGAGAUGACAGAUUUGCAGCACGGUAAGAGAUGUGGAAUAAAAUGAUGUGAUGUGAUGUAAUAAAUAACACUAACUAUUUUAUGUAGUUGUACUGAAGAACCUCGAGCAUUGUAUGGCUGCAUUUCUUGUACCAAGUUCCUCUUGUCUUAUGGAUUUUCUGAUGCUCUGUUAAGAUACUAUUCGUUUCCAGUGAUGUAUAUCUUUUGCCUCCAGGGUUUGAUCCUUUUACUCGAAUUAGUAAAAUUCUGAAAUUCAAGCCCAA